UAUAUUACUGUAAACAGUCGGUGUACUAUGUUUGUGGAGAAACAACGAACAACCAAACAAACCAAAAUGGCUGCUAAUGAAGAUUCGGAUUUGGAUAUCGUAUGGGACGCAGAUCUCGAAGUUAAUUUAUUUCAUGCAAUGAAAGGACACAAACCAGUGGGUGUUAAUAAAAAUUUCCAUAUGAUGUGUAUCCAUGAAAAGUUUACUUUAUCAACCGGCAAGAAAUGUACUGCAAAUGUUCUAUGGAAACAUUUGGGCACAAUGUAUGACCUGCCUGCUUUGCAUGAAUCUGAAAUCCUACCAUUUCCAAACCGUGAGAAAGAUUUCCAUCUGACGGAUGAGUUUCUAGAUUUAAUCUGCAGUAAAGAAAAAGAUCAAGAAAAAAGUGGACACAGAUCAAGAGACAGCACAUCUUCAAAUGAUGAAAAUCCUGCGAAAGCAACUCCCAAGUUAGCUGCCAUAUCCGCCACCCCAAGCAGCACCGACAAUUCGCCCAAAAGGAAAAGAACCAGGAACACUACCACAGCUUCAUCCAGUCCAAACACAGAAACACCGCCCUCCACGGUCAAAAGAAGAAGAGUGCUUUAAAUAUGAUGAUCCCAGUUUGAAGAUUACUCAACAUAGAACAAGUGUCGGGGACAAAUUUGUAGCAUUUAACAUUUCACUUGCGCCGAAAGUGUAGGAAGCCAGAACGACUUUUGCCAAAAUUUAUCAUUCCAGACAAAAAAAAAUUGUGAUCGAGUCAAAAUUAUAUGUAGUAAUGGUGAAAUUGAAUGGUGAAUAUAUCUCUAUAUGUUAUUGUUCUGUAGAACAUAUAUCAUUACAGUAUGCUAUACAUCUUUCAAUCAAGACUCAUCUCAGCUGCGAUAUAACAUAUUUGUACACCACUUCUAGAGUGCAUGCUGAAAGCUCACACUUUUAAGUGAACAGAUUCUAAGUCUGACUGAUGCUACUAAAUAAUAUGAAUACACUAUAUAAAGUAUAUUUAUUCAUAUAUUGCCAGAAAAAAAUCAGUAUUUAAACAAAAUUGGUAUUUGACAUUACUUUGAAGAGAUUUUACUAUUUUUCAGGUACAUGAUGUUCAAGGAUGUAGCAGUAUUUUUGCUUGUCAAUUAUUCAGUGAUAAAGCGUAUCUAAGCGAUAA